AUGUCAACCAGAAAUAAUAACUCUCAAUCAAAGUCAUUGUCACCAAUUUCAUCGCUGCUCGAUAAUAAUAAUGUAAAUCAAAGUAGUGUCUCACCAACUCGCGAGAUGGAGAAUUCCCAGUUCUACGAUAAUGUCCGUACUCGAUUUGCAUCUCCACCAUCCUACGAUAGCUCUACUGUUUUACCACCAUUCCAACAAUUUCCGGCACAAAAUAAUAUAUUAAACACCAAUCCACAUUUUUCACAUCAUCACAACAACAAUGCUCACAUAAAAUCACACGAAAUAUCCAAUCACCACCAACACCAAUCAACACUCUCUACAAACAACAGCCAUCAACAACACAAUAUACCUUUCGGUGGCUAUAAUCCUUCAUAUUUUAAUCAAUUUUCGACAUCUCCAGUCUCAACACCAUCCCCAUCGCAGUCACCUCUGCCGUCUCCAUUGAUUCAUAACAAUCCUUGUGAUGUAUCAAAUAGUUUUGAGCCAAUUUUCAAUAUCCUAAUGGAAAUUGAAAUGAAAGUAAAUAAGGAAACACCUUCCAGAAAUAUUAUUGAUUAUAAAAUAUUUACAACUUUAGUUUCCAACCUUAAAAACAGUAUUAACGUAGCAUGUAGUAGUAUUCAACAAUUAGUCCAAGAAAAAGAUUUUCUGAUUGGUGAAUUAAGUGAAAAGUUAUGUCCAAGAGCUUCAUCAUCAGAUCAACAACUACAUCACAAUAGUCAUAACAAUCACAAGAAUCAUAUUCAUAAUAAUAAUAAUAAUAAUAGUAAUAGUGAAUCAAAAGGUAGAAUCAGUUCUAUCAUUUCAAAUAAUAAUGACCAACAACAGUUUAAUAGAUUCGAUGAUAUGGAGUCAUCCGACUAUAAUACCAGUAGUGAUCUGGAAGAUAAUAAUAAAACACCACACCCAAAGUAUCAAAAGAACAAUAAGCUAGUAGUCAAAGCCACUCCUACUGAUCCCCCAAAGGAAGAUUGGGCAACUGAGGCACUUCUCAAGUUGAACGACCAUCCCCAGUUGGUAAGCUCUAGUAACCAAGCGACACCAAGCAACACACCUCCACAUCUCUCCAUGGAAAGAGAAAAAGAGAGAAUCAACAGUCAAAAGAAGCAAAAGCGUGAACAUACCAAGCCGCCCUCCAACAACAACAACAACAACAACGCCAUGAAAUUCAAUUUUAUCAAUGAGAGUGAUCGUAAUAAUAAUAAUAAUAAUAAUAAUAACAAUAAUAAUAGUUCAAAUACCAACAAAAAUAACAAUACAUUAGUUUAUAAUAGCAAUCAUUCAAUUAAUAGUUUAAAUACCAAUAGCACAACAACCACAACAACCACAGCAGUUCACAACAACAACAACAACAACAAUAAUAAUAAUAAUAAUAAUGAUUUUAAUAAUAAUAAUUUACAUUCCAGCUCCAGUGAGAGCGAAGAGGGUAAUGGUACCAAAAAGAGAAAGAGAGGAAAGUUGCCAGGAGAAUCCACUUCAAUUCUAAAGAGUUGGCUGUUCGAGCACAACAUGCAUCCCUAUCCAACUGAGGACGAGAAGGCUAUGCUUGCCAAUGCCACUUCACUUUCAUUCAGUCAAAUCAAUAACUGGUUUACCAAUGCUCGUCGUCGUAUCCUACCUAAAACACUUGACCGUAAAGUUUAUGGAAGUCCUUUGUUCUCUCAUUUCUCAAUGCCAAAGAAUUUCAAAGAGAAAUGA